AUGGCCUCACAAUCGGAUCAGCCCAGUCCAGCCAGCUCCAGUUCCAGUUCGAGCUCCGGCUUUGGACGCACACACAAACGGCAAGUAUUGGGUCCUUUACGGUCGGUGAUCGCAGAUUUGCACUCAGAUGAAAUCGAAGAGGAUUCGGAAGAGGAGGACGAUAAUGACAUGGACUCGGACAUGGAGCGACCGUUGCACACGCAGAUGACACAUCGCCACCGCAGGGUGAGUUUAAGUGACGGCAGUGAUAGUGAAAAUAGUUCUACCUCUUCACCACUGCCCCAUAAUGACCCCCAACCUCUACUGAAAACUGCCAAUAACCAGAUUGUGAACCUCAUUGAGGAAACGGGACACUUUCACAUCACAAACACUACUUUUGACUUUGACCUCUGCUCUCUGGACAAAACCACAGUUCGGAAGCUGCAAAGCUACCUGGAGACUUCUGGAUCAUCUUGAAGACUUGUGCAGCUGGCUGCCACGAGGAGGAAAAUCACACCUCCCUUUUUCCCUCCUUUUGUUUUUUCUCCUAAAUUGAAAACUUGUAAGGCAAUGGAAAGGAUCCGCUUUCAUUCCAGAGCUCCUCUCGUCUCUCGAAAGGCCUCAGAAAUUGAAAUCAUUAUUACAUGAGUCUGGAGAUUCUUACGCUCCACCUGGACUUCACCCAAAAAGCCUUGAUAAUCCGACAUUGCCAAAACAUGUUCUUGCUCCAAAACAAAAUACAUUUGUGUAUAUUGUAUGAAUGUUUGAUAAGUUUUUUGUGACGAAUGCAUGUUUCAACACUGCCUUACCACAUUGACUAUUUAUUGAGUAUGAGUUUCAAGUGUGUGUGUGUGUGUAAGUGCAAAUUAUAUUAAACUUGUGCAAGCACUUGAGAACAUCAUCUCAUCGGCAAUGAAACGUCUCUUAACAUCCACUGUUUUUAUGGAUCACAAGCAAUGUUUUUCAUGCUGUACAUGUAAAAUGAACGGUUUCAGAUUAUGCUGGACGGAGGAAGACUUUUAACUCUAUUAAUCAAUGAAUUGCACAUUGUCAGCAAACUCAUUUGAAAGAAGGCAGGAUCUUAAGCAAAUCCAGUGACCUCUAUCUCAAAUGUUUCUUAACGUCGUUGCAGUAGGAAAGUGUAAUGUUGAAUCCUCUAAUGUUAUUUAUUGUUUUUGGGGACCACAGUUCCCAUGGCUGUUCAUUGGUUGUCCCCAAAACAGUUGGAAAAAGCCAAGUCUUAAUUGUAGUUUGGGAGUUCUUUGUUAAUCUGAGGAAAUCAAGAAGUGAUCACAGUUAGCUUUUCAGUUCCAUUGUUUUUUUGUUUUUAAUUGGAUUAUUUGAUAGGCUAAUAUCAGCAUAUUGUGCAGUUGAGUUGUAGCCCUCAAGUUGUGCUUUGUGCAAAAGCAACAUCGUUCACUUUUCAUUUCCUUAUAAUGUUGAAUCAGAUAAGCCAACCAUAAAUCUAGAUAUUUUGGGAGACACGGUGAUGGUGGUGGUGGGGUUGAGAAGGGUUUGAAUUUAUCAGAGAAUUUUUUUUAUUGUUUUUGUUGAAUGAAAAUCAUGCCUUGUACCCUUUAUUAUUGUUUAUUUCCCAGAUUAAUUUUUUCAGGCCAAAAAGCUUUUAGUUUAGUUAUCAUUAUAUAAUGUUUAUAUGUGUACAUAAACUUUAUAUGUGAUAAAAAAAAAAAAAAGUGAUUAUCUUUCCUUUCUUGGAAGGCACUGAACUGCUUCCAGUAGAAAGUUCUUGAUCAUGAUAUAAAUUCAAAACAGAGUCGUGGAUGUGUAGUUACUGACCAGUGAACAUUUUAUCAUUGAUGUUAGGAAUGGUUUUUGUUUAAUGGACGGGAAUAGCUGGUGAAUAUACAAUCAUCUGAAUAUCCCUUGUGCUGUGCUGAAUAUCCUUUACCUAACUUGAUGUUCCCGUUAUGACCGGCCUUUUAAAAAUUGCUUGUAA